AAGGUAAUGGACUUUGUCCUUUGAACUUUGCAUACAAGAAAGUUAAACGACUGCUGCUUACCAAAAAUACAGAGAUCUAGCAAGACUAGUCAAGAAUCAAGGUCUAAGUUGACUAAGAUCAAUCAAGCUUGAGAAAUUAUUUACUAAACCUUUCAGGCCUAACUUAACAGUAUAAUAUACAGUAUAGAGUAAGUUGAAGUGAAAUAGAAUGUCAAGAUUUUAUCAGGCUUAUAAAAUUAGUAAGUUGCAGUAUCAUGCUUUCAAAAAACUUCAGGGAGCUUUUUUUUCAACUCAUUUGCGUUUCAUGGCUGCAACAGCUACCUCAUCUGUUAAAAAUUCCCAAGAAUCCAAAUCUUUUGGACUUAAUUUAUUUAGAGGCCAGUUUUCAGCAGAACAAGUCUUUCCUUUCCCAGAAGUUUUAACUGCUGAACAAAAGCAAACUCUGCAGGAGCUGGUUGAUCCUUGUGCAAGAUUUUUUGAGGAGCACAAUGAUGCAAUGAAAAAUGAAGCAUUAGAAAAAGUUGAAGAUUCCACAAUGCAAGGUCUGAGAGAAAUGGGUGCUUUUGGUCUGCAAGUGCCCACAGAAUUAGGAGGACUCGGAUUAACAAACACGCAGUAUGCAAGACUUGUUGAAGUUGUUGGUGCCCAUGAUCUUGGUGUUGGAAUCACUUUAGGAGCACAUCAGUCUAUUGGGUUCAAAGGAAUUUUGCUCUUUGGCAGCCAAAUACAGAAAGAAAAAUAUCUACCAGAUUUAGCUUCAGGAAAUAAAAUUGCAGCAUUUUGUUUAACAGAAUCAACCAGUGGUUCUGAUGCUAGUUCUAUUCGAACUAGAGCCGUGCCUACAGAGGAUGGUAAACAUUAUGUUCUAAAUGGAAGUAAAAUAUGGAUAAGUAAUGGUGGAUUGGCUGAUGUUUUCACUGUUUUUGCACAGUGUCCUGUUCAAGAUUCAAAAACAGGAGAAACUAAAGACAAAGUUACAGCUUUCAUAGUGGAAAGAGAUUUUGGUGGAGUUACAAGCGGACCACCGGAGAAAAAAAUGGGUAUAAAGGCUUCCAAUACAGCAGAGCUUUAUUUUGAGGAUGUUAAAAUUCCCUCUGAAAAUGUCCUUGGUGGUAUUGGUGGAGGAUUUAAAGUGGCUAUGAAUAUUUUAAAUAAUGGACGGUUUGGCAUGGCAGCAGCACUGUCUGGCACUAUGAGGUUUUGCAUUAAAAAAGCUGUUGACCAUGCUGCAAGUAGAAGCCAGUUUGGUAGGAAAAUAGAAUCGUAUGGUGCUAUCCAAGAGAAAAUAUCAAGAAUGACUACUAUGCAAUAUGUCGCAGAGUCAAUGGCAUACAUGAUUUCUGCUAACAUGGACCAAGGAUCACAUGAAUUUCAGAUUGAGGCAGCUAUCAGCAAAAUCUUUGCUUCUGAAGCAGCUUGGUUUUGUGCAGAUGAAGCUAUUCAAGUUCUUGGAGGAAUGGGUUACAUGAAGGAUUGUGGCCUUGAAAAAGUCUUACGAGAUUUGAGAAUUUUUCGUAUUUUUGAGGGUACAAAUGACAUUCUAAGAUUGUUCAUUUCACUCACAGGAAUUCAGUUUGCUGGUAGUCAACUUAAAGAGCUUCAAAAAGCUCUUUCGAACCCAGCUUCCAAUUUAGGCCUUCUUGUUGAAGCUGGAGCCAAGAGAGCAAAAAGAUUGGUUGGAAUAGCACCUGGAAAUGUAUCAUUUAGCAAGUAUGUUCAUUCAGAUUUAGCUCUUGCUGGUGAAAAGACUGCAAAAUCUAUUAAUGCUUUUGGAGAAACUGUGGAAGAUUUGUUGAUUCAGUACAACAAGAAAAUUAUUGAUGAACAAUUCAUUUUAAAAAGAUUAGCAGAUGCAGCAAUAGACAUUUAUGGAAUGGUUUCAGUUCUCUCCAGGGCAACGCGUAGCCUAAAUAAUAACUACAUCUCUGCAAAACAUGAAGCAUUGAUUUGUAGUGUUUGGUGUCAUGAGGCUGCUGAUCGUGUUAAAGUUAAUCUUCAUCAGACAACAGACACCACCUCUAAAAAGAAUUUUGACAACUUAGCAAUAAUUUCUAAAGAGGUUGUAGGUGCCGGAGGACCUUUUCAUAGGCAUGCUUUAGGGUUUUGAUUACGGCUAUUUUAUUUAAAACCAUGUUUACUAAAAUAAAAUUCCAAUUAUAUUGUAUUUAUUUUAAUGUAUCUAUGUAAUUCAAUAUACAGUGGUACCUCUAGAUACAAAUUUAAUUCAUUACAUAAUGUUGCUCGUAUGUCAAUGUUUGUAUCUUAAAGUUAAAGCAAUUUUUUUAAAUGAGUUUAAAUGCCAUAAAUCCAUUUCAGCUCACUAAUGCCACGCCAGAUGUUUUUGCUAAGUAUUUUAAUAACAAAAAUGUUUUUAUAAAUAACAAAUGGUGUGUAAAAGUAAAAGCAUAAUAGAGGUGAAUGUAAAGAAAUGAACUGGUUUUAUAAACUAAAGUGUAUAUUCUUUGGAAAUCAGCCGAUUUGAGCUGAUUGGUCUGGCAGAGGUUAAGGUGGGGGAGAUCGGUGGAGAAGUUUUAGUUACAGUCUUAAAGGUACACUUUAUCCCUAAACUUAAUGGAACUUAACUAAAAUCCAUUAAACAAAGUUGAACUUAAA